AUGGCGCAAAGCAGUGAGAGGCUCCUCUUGUUUUCUGUCACUGUGGUUUUAUCACUCAUUCUGACGUCAGCUGUGAAAACUCUGAACUCGCAAGCGGAGCUGCAGAACAGUGGUUUUGGUCAACCCCCACCUCGCCACGGCCUCAAGAUUCUGGUGUGGUAUGUUCAGAACUGCUUGGACAACAACAUGAGGGCUCUGUGUGAUCCUACCCAAGGAGAAUAUGGAUUCCACUGGUUUCAGAACCGAGGGCCCGAUCAUCUGCUCCCUGUGAUUGAGGAUAAAAAGCAGUAUGAAUACUUUACCAUUGGGAACCUCAACUCACCUCAUGCCAAAGACCUGCCUUUCGAAGUCAGGAGGGACUACAAUCCCCACGAUCCUAAAAGUAACAUGGACAGAAUUUUAGUGAGAUACAAUAACAACAAUAAGCUCAUUGAUGAGAUUUAUGCAUCUGCACAUUAUAAAGCAACAGAGACGUACAAGAUAGGCCCAGAUCUUCUACAAAUAAUACAAAAUAUAUAA